UUCUCUUCAAAUUAAAAAAAAGAAGAGAAUUCACAAAAAAAGAAAAGAAAAAAACACUUCUGAAACUCUCCGUUCUCUCUCUCGAUCACAAUCGAGAGCCCUCCCUUUUCCCUCUCUUCCUUCCGAGCUUCGAUCUCUCUCUUCCCCUUUUCGAAACCCUUGUUUAAAACCCUCACUCGUUAACCCUAACUCACUGAGUCCGAAUCCCUUUCCUCCCAACUCCGAUAAUUAUCGCUUUUCUACCGAUAUUAUCGAUUAAUUGAGCUUAUUACGGUAUAUUUAUCACGACUCUCAAGAAGCUUUUGGGUGGUGCCACGGAUACGAGGAUAGGGUAUAUUUGGUGGAUUCUUAAAGCUUGGGGCAGUGCCGAUCUGGAGGAUAAAAGUUAUAAAGUCAAUGAGAUGAAAUGAGAGGUUUUUUUUUCCCUUCCGAGAUGAAUAUGCAACAAGUUGUGCUGCCAAAAUCUUCUGCUAAUGGAUUUGGCCGUCGAAGAGUUGAUAGAGAGGUUGGGGCUAGGUUGGAGAAUAAGGGGCAGUCUGGAAAAUCCAAUCAAGGAAGAAUGCAAACUACAGGUGCACUGGCUGGCGGGAAGACUGGUGGUUAUGAGAGUUCUUGCCGUGAUCGGUUAGUUUAUCUGACAACAUGUCUUAUUGGGCAUCCGGUGGAAGUCCAUGUGAAAAGUGGAUCAAUAUACACUGGAAUAUUUCAUGCAACUGAUGCAGAAAAAGAUUUUGGAAUCAUCUUGAAAAUGGCUCGCUUGGUAAAAGAUGGUACUUUGCGAGGACAGAAGGCUAUUGCAGAGUUUGUUAGCAAGGCACCCUCAAAGAUUUUAAUUAUACCAGCCAAAGAACUUGUGCAAGUUAUAGCAAAGGAUGUGGCUGUAACCAGGGAUGGAUUUGCAAGUGAGCUCCAACCUGAAAAACAUCUGGAAAUUUUGAUAGAUUCUGCGAUAUCACAAUCCCGUCAUGUUGAGGUGGAGAGGGAGUUGGAGCGUUGGGUUCCUGACGAAGAUGAUCCACAGUGUCCUGAACUAGAAAAUAUUUUUGACGGUCCAUGGAAUAGGAACUGGAAUCAGUUUGAAACCAAUCAAAAGCUAUUUGGUGUAAAAAGUACUUUUAAUGAGGAACUUUACACAACAAAACUUGAGAGAGGUCCUCAAAUGAGAGAGUUGGAGAAGGAAGCAAUGAGAAUAGCAAGAGAGAUUGAGGGUGAGGAGACUCAGGACCUUCAUUUAGCAGAGGAGAGAGGCUUUCAUCUUCAUGAUAAUUUUGAUAUUGAUGAGGAGAUGAGGUUCUCCUCAGUCUACAGGGGUAGAGGGGUUGAUGAUAGUGGUUAUGAGGAAGACGAGGACAUAAUGUUGGAUUCCCACAACAGUGAGACCUUCGGAGAUUCUUCUGGUUCUGUCAGUAAAAGGCCUGCUGAUUUGACCAGUUUGCAAAGCAUUGAUGGAGCUCGAGUGUCAUCAAGCCCUUUCUUAAUGGAUGAGGCGCCAUCUUCUCAAGCAGCCAUUGGCACAGAUUUGAACCACUCAGGCUUUAAUGAUCAGGCCAGACAGCUGGCCUCUGAACUUCCUUCUAAAAGUUUCUCCGUCUCUGGCAGUGAAAGCAGGAUCCAAGACAAUUUGCUUGGUGAACUUGGAGGAAGCAGUAAUGCUAAAGAGUUUGCUGAAAAGCAGUCUCCAUCUGAGGACCUGCAAUUGUCAAACUCUAUCGAUUCUCAGUCAUUAUUGAAUGACAAGAUUGAUGAGUCUGAUAAAGGGGGGACAUCUGCAAAUCCUACUACUCAUGCUCCAUCUAAUUCUUUGUCAAAGUUUAGUGAAAAACCAAGUUCUUCUGGUGAACUCUCAGAGGGUCCAGCUUCUAGCAAAAUAGCUGGUGAAAUACAAUCUGUAAACUCCCGUGGACGACCUAGUAGUUCUACAUCAUCAAAUUCAGAUUAUGUUGGUGCUGUAUCAGCAUCUAGUGGCCCUGGCUUAUCACCAACUUCAUCAAUGGGGUCAUUAGCCUCUGAGAAGUCAACACUGAAUCCCCAUGCAAAGGAAUUCAAACUCAACCCUAAUGCAAAGAGUUUCACACCAUCUCAAUCGCCUGUGAGGCCUCCAUCCCCAGUGUCUGAUGGUUCCUUCUACUAUCCAACGCAAAUGUCUCCUGUACCACAUAUGCACAUGCCUGUUAGUUUUGGGAUUGGACCUUCCUUUCCUGGGCACCAGCAUGUUAUAUUCAAUCCACAGGUGGCACCAAUACAAUCACCGCAAGCAUAUUUCCAUCCAAAUGGACCUCAGUAUGGGCAGCAGAUGCUUCUUGGGCAACGGCAACUGGUGUACUAUCAACCUAAUUCUGUUGAUAAGAAUUUUUGUGAAACUUUUUGUCAACUGAGUGCAAGACUUCGUCUCUUUCCUGAGGAGGGUGAAUACCGAAAUGCAAUUCAAAGGACGGGAAUAUUAACCAGUUAGUUUGCUGACAGCAUUCUUGGGAGCUCUGCUCUGCUCGAAAAGAAUAAACUUUUGAGAGACUGCUUGGAUCAAUUUUCUCAAAACAAAGCCUAGCGGUCCAAGAAAGAUCCUAUAGGUCUUGAUCGCCCCAUGUUCCAGGGAAUGUUUACUCAUGGUGGGAGAUAAAUUUUAUAACCUUGUAUGCUUCAUUCACAUCAUGACUUUGGAUUUCUAGCUUUUCUUAACUAACCUGUACUUUUCCUGAUUGGUUGUUUUAAUAUUGAUAGUUUUGGAUCAAUUUGUGGUGCAAAAAUAGUAUUGCCAUCAAUAUUAUUUUCCAUUUAUUUUA